UGCUCUUUCUCGUGUCACCAAAUCUGAAAAAGGAGAACGAGGAAAAAGAAAAAAAAAACUCGAAAACGAAAAUGGCGAGCUCCGAUGCUCUCUUGCCAAUCUCCGCCAGAGAAGAAGACCCAUUAUGCCCUUACACGAGAUUACCCGACGGUUCAAGAUCCGACCCGGAAACCCAUCCCCGGAGAAGACCCUUUAAAGGUCUCCUCGCCGUCUCUUUCGGGCUUCUCUUCAUCGCCUUCUACGUCGCCCUCAUCGCCACGCACGACGGAUCUAGAUCCAACGAAGCUGCGGUCGAUGAAACGUCGUCACGUGCACGUCUCGCUGGUGUGUCGGAGAAAAGGAAUGAUGUGUCGUGGAAACUUUCCGGUGACCGGAACACGCCGGCGUUCGAAUGGAACAACAGUAUGUUGUCGUGGCAACGAACGGCGUUUCAUUUCCAGCCUGAGGAGAAUUGGAUGAACGAUCCUAAUGGUCCAUUGUUCUACAAGGGAUGGUAUCAUUUCUUCUACCAAUACAACCCAAACGCAGCUGUAUGGGGUGACAUUGUCUGGGGUCACGCCGUGUCUAAGGACCUAAUCCAUUGGGUCCAUUUGCCCUUAGCCAUGGUCGCUGAUCAAUGGUACGACUCCAAUGGUGUGUGGACCGGCUCAGCCACAAUCCUCCCCGAUGGCUCUAUAGUCAUGCUCUACACCGGCUCCACCGACAAAGCCGUGCAGGUCCAAAACCUUGCCUACCCUGAGGACCUCAACGACCCACUCUUGUUGAAAUGGGUCAAGUACCCUGGAAACCCGGUUCUAGUACCACCUCCCGGUAUUCUCCCCAAGGACUUCCGUGACCCAACUACGGCGUGGAAAACAUCAGAAGGAAAAUGGCGGAUCACCAUUGGUUCCAAGAUCAACAAAACCGGAAUUUCACUUGUGUACGACACCACCGACUUUAAAACAUACGAGAAACUUGACACAUUGUUGCACGGAGUUCCCAAGACGGGUAUGUGGGAGUGCGUUGACUUCUACCCGGUGUCUAAGACCGAGAGCAAUGGGCUUGACACUUCUGUCAAUGGACCGGAUGUGAAGCACAUCGUCAAGGCUAGCAUGGACGACACAAGGUUCGACCAUUAUGCCGUAGGCACGUAUUUCGAAUCAAACGGAACAUGGAUCCCGGAUGAUCCUACUAUCGAUGUCGGGAUGAGUUCCAGUUUAAGAUAUGAUUACGGAAAGUUCUAUGCUUCAAAGACGUUUUACGACCAGAACAAGGGUCGAAGAAUCUUGUGGAGUUGGAUUGGUGAAUCUGAUAGUGAGGCUUCUGAUGUACAAAAGGGUUGGUCUUCUCUUCAGGGUAUCCCAAGAACCGUUGCCCUGGACACAAAGACAGGGAAGAACUUGGUCCAAUGGCCAGUGGAAGAAAUCAAAUCUCUUAGACUAAGCAGCAAGAAAUUCGAUCUCGAAGUCAGUCCCGGGUCAGUAGUACCGGUCGAUGUGGGUACCGCGACUCAACUAGACAUCGAAGCAGAAUUUGAAAUCAAGAAAGAAUCCCUCGAGAAAAUCCUCGGAGACUCUUCAGUGGUGGCUGAGGCUGAGGAAUUCAGCUGCGAGAAGAGCGGAGGCUCCACCGUCCGUGGUGCAUUAGGGCCAUUCGGAUUCUCGGUUCUCGCCACUGAGAGCUUGUCGGAGCAAACACCGGUUUACUUCUAUAUAGCUAAGGGAAAAGAUUCAAAACUUAAAACAUUCUUCUGCACAGACACCUCAAGGUCAUCUGUUGCAAACGAUGUCAUCAAACCAAUAUACGGUAGCGUCGUACCAGUCCUAAAAGGAGAGAAACUCACCAUGAGAAUUUUGGUGGAUCAUUCAAUAGUAGAAGCAUUUGGACAAGGUGGAAGAACAUGCAUAACAUCAAGAGUUUAUCCAACAACAGCAAUCUAUGGAGCAGCGAAGCUCUUCUUGUUCAACAACGCUCUCGAUACAACUGUUACGGCGUCGUUUAAAGUAUGGCAAAUGAACAGUGCUUUCAUUCAUCCUUACUCUGAGGAAGCUGUCCGUGCUCUCACCCGCGCCUAAUUAUUUUUCCCUCCCUCCCCCAAUUUUUUUCACAUAUAGAUUUAUCUGUAAUAAAUAAUGUUUUUUAUUAUGGUUCUUUUCCAAUUUAGCCGUUUAAUUAUUAAUAUUUUAUUUGAUCUUUGA